AUCUUCUCCAGUUUACAUCAAAGCAGUCUGAUCAACACCCGUCAGAGCAGCCUCAUUAGCACCCAUCAGUGCAGCCUCACCAACACCCAUCAGUGCAGCCUCACCAACACCCAUCAGUGCAGCCUCAUCAGUACCCAGCAGUACAGCCUCAUUAAUACCCAUCAGUGUAGCCUCAUCACUGUCAACCAGUGCAUCCUCAAUAGCGCACCUCAGUGCUUCCUUAUCAGUGUAGCCACAUCCCAGUGUCCCCAUCACAGC